UUACGCCAUUGAAUUUGUCAAUGACACAGAUUUAGGCUGUCACGUGUAUGAACAGAUGGGCAUUCUCUCGUAUAUAUUCUUUCUUUUCUCUCUUCUUCUUCUUUACUCUCUACCCAUCUAUCUUUUUUAAAAAAAUGUCACAACAAAUCCCUACUUUAAAACUUUUACUCAUUGGUAACUCCAAUGUGGGUAAAAGCUCUCUACUUUUAAGAUUCACAGAUGACACCUUUUUACCUCAAGAAGAAGUUUCUGCUACUAUCGGUGUCGAUUUCAAAGUGAGCAUGAUGGAGGUGAAUGGAAAAAUGUACAAGUUGACUAUUUGGGAUACGGCUGGACAAGAAAGAUUUCGUACUUUGACCUCUUCUUACUACAGAGGAGCUCAAGGUGUAAUUUUAGUGUAUGAUGUCAGUAAUCGAGAUACUUUUGACGCAUUAAAUACGUGGUGGAACGAAGUGAAUACCUACUGCUCUAGUCCUGAUGUAGUAAAGAUGAUUGUUGGUAACAAAGUAGACAAGGAAUCUUCUAGAGUGGUCACAUAUGAAGAAGGAGCCAAUUUUGCAAGAAAACUAUCUACAUUAUUCGUUGAAUGUAGUGCUAAAACAAAGGUUGGAGUCAAGCAAGCGUUUGAAGAACUCGUUGAAAAGAUUAUUGAAACACCAAGCUUAUGGCAGAAAGAUUCUGCACCCAACUCUACUGUUAGAAUGACUGAUGAUAAUAAACAACAAGGUCCCGCUGAUUCUUGUGCUUGUUGAGCAUAGUAUUUCAUUCUCUUUAAUUCAUAUAAACAAUUUUACUUUUUUUUUGUCGGAGAUAUAAUUCCUGUGAUUUUAAUGCAGACAUCAUUUGGACUGAAACGGAAACAUAUAUUUUCUCUCCUACUGUUUUAUUUU